AUGCCUAAUGGAGUGAUCAAUCUAGAUUCAGACGACGAAUCGCCUCCCAGAAACACAAGUCAAAAGGUAGUUAAUGACCAAAAGUUGGUCAGUGAACGAAUUGAAAUCAUGUCAGAUGAUGCGGAAGCAUCAGCUGUAUCGGAUGCACAUGAUUCCACAUUAUUGAAUCCCAAACCACCACAACAGCGGCAAUUGACUUCUCAGGAGCUGCUUCGUCAGAAAAUGGCGGAGGCUGCAGAAAGACGGAUGAAAAGGAGAGUCGAGGUUGACAUUCAUGAUAGUAUGGAUACCAAACCAUUUAAACGAGUACAACGUACCCAAAUUGUGGAAUCAUACAGAACUAAAUUGCCACCAACGUCAAUAAAUGAACGUACUUCACGGAUAAGACUGAUUUCCAAUCCUUCAUACUGCCGAGAAUUUGGAGUCAAAGCUGAUGGAGAUACAAUUUCAUUUGCUGAUUUGGUUGGAUCUCCAGAUUUGACCAGGUCGUAUCAGUUUAAUUUCCUUAUCGAUUUUGACUAUUUGGCAAAAUUUGUAACAUCCUCAACGUGUGAGUUUGUCUUGGUGAAUAAGUCCGAUGACGAAGAGCACCUACGUAUAAGUGAUUCCAUGUGGGAGAAAUACAAGAUCCAAACCGUAGAUGUAUCUAAUAGUUUACCUAAGUUUGGUACCCAUCACACCAAAAUGAUGGUGAAUUUCUACAAGGACGGGUCUUGCCAAAUUGUGUUACAUACAAUGAACUUGACUGAGGCAGAUCAUUUGAUACAAACACAGAUGGCAUGGGUAUCCCCUGCAUUAUACCCACAUCAGAAUUUGAAAGAUUAUUUCGAUUUUAACCAACCGGGAUUAGAUGUUUGGAAGGACACAGGCACUAUCUUCAAACGUGACUUUAUUGCAUAUUUGAUGAGCUACAAGAAUAGUGACAUAAAUAAGCUGAUCGAUAAGAUUGGGAAAUAUGAUUUCAAAGAUAUAGACGUGAUGUUUGUUGCUUCGUCCCCCGGUCACUAUCUACAUACGGAAUGGAACGAUCUGAUCAAACCGGGGGCAAAACCUAUGUUUGGAUAUGGAAGAUUGUGGCAAGUCAUCCAUAUGUUAGGCUUGCAAAGCUUAGGCGGGAAACUGGUUGGUCAGACUUCCACAAUUGCAGGACCUUGUGAUUCUUGGAAGAGGAAUAUACUUGUACAUUUACUUACCUCUUGUGCUGAAAAGGGGUUCCCCAUGCUCAAGAAGGCCGAUUACGAGUACCGUCCGGGGAAGAACAAAGUCGAGCCUGUGAUUGUAUGGCCGACUUUUGAUGAGGUCCUUAAAUCCAAAGCAAGCGCAUUAUCAGGGGUGUGUCUACAUUUGACCACGCACGGAAAGUGGGCAGCCUACCAAAGACAUUUUGAGAAUACCUUGAAGUAUUUUCAUAAAUGGACAACUUAUUCGGACAAGCCAUCAGAAUCAAAAGCAGGGCGGUCCAAUUUGACACCCCAUGUUAAAACGUAUACACUCACCGAGGAUAAUUUUAAGACGGUUAAAUGGUUCCUUCUAACAUCUGCAAACUUGUCACACCAAGCAUGGGGGAAAUCGAAGAAGUUCGACAAGAUUGAAUAUGACAUUUCCUCUUUCGAGGCAGGUAUUUUCGUUGCACCUGAAUUGCUGAAAGUUUCAGGCAAUACAGAGAAUAAACGUAGAGUUCUAGUUCCAUGUUACGGGAAGGACAACCCUGAUGACGUUCAAUUUUUGGGUGAUGAGAAAUUCAAAAUCGGGAUAAGGCUACCCUACGAUACGCCAUUACAAAAAUAUGGCCCCAACGAUAAACCUUGGGGGCAGCCUGAAUCAGACCAGUUGCUAAUGUGA